AUGCUGCAGCAGAUCCUGCAUGACAUGUACAUCGACCCUGAGCUCCUAGCCGAGCUCAGUGAUGUGCAGAAGCACAUCCUCUUCUACAAAAUGCGAGAGGAGCAGCUGAGGCGCUGGCGGGAGCAUGAGGCUUGGGAGGCCCUGGCCCAGGCAGAGGGUCUCAGGCCUCCGAAGAUCAAACGAGCAGCGAAUGACAAGCAUAUCCAGUGGCUCCUGGGGGCAGAUGGCGAGGUCUGGGUCUGGAUCAUGGGAGAAGGCCCUGGCGACAAGCCCUAUGAAGAAAUCUCUGAGGAACUGAUUGCAGAGAGGGCACGGCUGCAGGCACAGAGGGAGGCCGAGGAGCUCUGGAGACAGAAGGAGGCAGAGAUCACCAAGAAGUUCCGGGAUGCUCUGGCCAAUGAGAAAGCCCGGAUCCUGGCAGAGAGGUGGAAAGUGGAGAUGGAGGACCGCAAGGCUGCCAAAGUCCUGGAGGAGCGCAUUCGUGAGGAAUUCAAGAAGAAAGAGGAAGAGGAGCGGAAGCGAGGAGAAGAGCAGAUUCGUCUCCAGGAAGAGCAGAGAGCAAAGGAACUCUACUGGACGCUGAAGCAGGCCCAGCUGCAGAGCCAAGCCAGUGAGAAGGAGGAGCGUGAGUGGGAAGAACAGUUGCGUCGGUCCAAGGCAGCUGAUGAGGAGAGAAGCCGCCGAGCACAGCGCGCCCGGGAUGAAUACCGGCGACUUUCCCUCCGUGCCAUCCAGAAGGGCACAGUCGCUGGCCUCAGCUUCAUGUUCCGAGAGCUUGGCCAGAGCCAUGAGCAGGACACCAGACUCUACCACCACUUCCCGGGCCCGGGUCCACCGCUACCCCUCUCAGUGCCUAUCAGGACUUGGGAGCGCCCAUUGCGACCUGUCUCCAGAGAAGUCAUAGUUCGCUGGUUUAAGGAGGAGCAGCUGCCUCGCCAAGCUGGCUUUGAGAGGAACACCAAAUUGAUUGCUCCCUGGUUCCAUGGAGGAAAUUAUCACUGUUUCAGGGGGAGAGUUGCUGCAGGAACCCUGCGGACAGAGGGAGAGCCCACCAGACUACCAUCUGUUGUUUGA